AUGUAUGUUAUACGAACAAGUUCAAAAUUUUAUGAAAAUCGUUUAAUAUAUUCUCUUCAAACAUGGAUAUCAUUAGUUACUGAACAUGUUUAUUUUAUUACAGAUAAAAUUCUACCAAAUAUAUCAUAUAAUCAUAUGAUUUUAACUGAAAAUUUAUGUGGUGAUGAAAAACAUUCAAUGAAAAUAUUAUGUUGUAAAACAGCACAUGAUUUUAUAUUUUUUCAUCGUUAUAUUAAAAAUUAUGAUUGGUUUUGUCAUUUUGAUGAUGAUCAAUAUGUUAAUAUAAAUAAUUUAGAAAAAUAUUUAUCUACAUUAAAUUUUAAUCAACCAUAUUAUAUUGGACGUAAUUCAUGGUUAAAAGCACUUAAUCGUUUAAAACAACCAUAUCCAUAUCCAUUUUGGUUUGCUACAUUAGGUGCUGGUGUAUGUUUAUCAAAAUAUUUAGUUUAUCUUCUUCAAUCUUAUACAUAUAAUAUUUCACAAUUUAUUAAUGGUUGUAUAAAAGAAAAUUAUCAUGAUGAUAUUUAUUUAGGUUUUCUUAUAUCAUCUCAACUUAAUGUAACAUUAACAAAAAAUUUUCGUUUUCAUUCUCAUUUAGAAAAAAAUUUUUAUAAUGAUAAAAAAAAAUUUUUUAAUAUAUUUACAGAACAAAUAACAUUUGGUUUUUAUUAUCCUUAUUAUUAUCCAAAAUUUCUUCCAAAUCUUUAUGACUCACAUUCAGAUCUUUGUCGUAUACGUACACUUCAUUGUCUAUUAUAUCCAUAUAUACUCGAAUGUCAAAUAAAAAUACGUCAAUAUCUUUUAAAUAUAACUCAAUAG